GAACCCUGUGGUGAGGAGCUAAAAUGUGACUACAGAUGUAAAUCCCCCAGCAGGAUCACGGUGAUGGGCUCGUGCCACUGUGUCUCCAGGGAGAUCACAGAAUGCCAGACUGGUUUGGGUUGGGAGGGACCUUAAAGCUCAUCCAGUGCCACCCCUGCCAUGGCAGGGACACCUCCCACUGUCCCAGGCUGCUCCAGCCCCAGUGUCCAGCCUGGCCUUGGGCACUGCCAGGGAUGCAGGGGCAGCCACAGCUGCUCUGGGCACCCUGUGCCAGGGCCUGCCCACCCUGCCAGGGAACAAUUCCUGAUUCCCAAGAUCCCAUCUAGCCCUAUGUCAAUGUGAAGCCAUUUCCCCUUGUCCUUUUUCUGCCUCCCCAUGUAAAAAGUCCUCUCCAGCCUUCUCAGAUCCCUAGACCAGUAUCAGUCUGUGCUUGCAAGAUUUCAGAGGUCUGGAUGAGACUUGUUAAACUGCCCACAGACAGAGCCAAAGCCACAGAUUCAAACAACCAUGGAAUGUUUUGGGCUGGAUAAUCACCCAGUUCCAGCUCCCUGCCAUGGGCAGGGACACAUCCUGACAGACCAGGCUGCUCCAAGCCCCCUCCAGCCUGGCCUGGAACAAUUCCAGUGUCCAUGGUUUUGUCUGGGUGCCUGACACCUCACUCAUCCUGGCUGUGCCUGUCUGAGUGCGGGAGCACAGCUUCACUGCAGGCCUGGAAAGCAGGAAAACGCCUGUGCAGGUGACAGCCAGGGCCAAACAAAGCCUGCAGCCAGACCUGGUGGGGAUGGAUGUUGCUGAUCAGGCUGUGACACGGCAGGGUCCUGCUGUCCUUGUGCAAGGCGUUGAAUUCCCAGCAGGGAGAGACCACCGAAGGGUCCCACUGACACCCGUGGGCAGAGCAGAGGAGCCUGUCCGCAGCUGCAGCCCACCCUGGCAUCCCACACAGCCCAGCCAGGCACAGCACCAUGGUGCACUGGACAGCCGAGGAGAAGCAGCUCAUCAGCGGCCUGUGGGGCAAGGUGAACGUGGAGGAAUGCGGCGCCGAGGCCCUGGCCAGGCUGCUGAUCGUCUACCCCUGGACACAGAGGUUCUUUGACAACUUCGGGAACCUGUCCAGCCCCACUGCCAUCCUGGGCAACCCCAAGGUGCGUGCCCACGGCAAGAAGGUGCUCACCUCCUUCGGGGAGGCCAUCAAGAACCUGGACAACCUCAAGGGCACCUACUCCAAGCUGUCCGAGCUGCACUGUGACAAGCUGCACGUGGACCCUGAGAACUUCAGGCUCCUGGGUGACAUCCUGGUCAUCGUCCUGGCCACGCACUUCACCAAGGACUUCACCCCUGCCUGCCAGGCCACGUGGCAGAAGCUGGUGGGGCUGGUGGCCCACGCCCUGGCCCGCAAGUACCACUAGAGCCUCGGGAGGCAUCUGUGUCUGUGACAGGCAAUAAAAACACAUUUUCUGCAA